UCCGCGCGGCGCAGGGGAAAGGCGCCCUUGCCCGGCCGCCCACGAGGCUGCAGCGGGGCCGCCGCAAGGUUCCCGGAGGCCCCGCCGCCGCGCGCCGAGAUGUGGAACCCGCUUCACGAAAUCGACUCGGCCUCGGGGGCCUGGCCCCGUCCGCGCCGGUUGUGCGCGGUGGCCCUGGUGCUGUGCGCCGGCCUCUUCGUCCUCGGCUUCCUCUUCGGAUGGUUUAUAAAGUCCUCCAGUGAAGCUACUAACCUUCCACAGCAUAAUGUAAAGAAAGCAUUUUUGGAUGAGUUGAAAGCAGAGAACAUCAAGAACUUCUUGUAUAAUUUUACACGGAUACCACAUUUAGCUGGAACAGAACAAAACUUCCAGCUUGCAAAGCAAAUUCAAGCUCAGUGGAAAGAAUUUGGCCUGGAUUCUGUUGAGUUAGCCCAUUAUGAUGUCCUGUUGUCCUAUCCAAAUGAGACUCUUCCCAACUACAUCUCAAUAAUUGAUGAAGGUGGAAAUGAGAUUUUUAACACAUCGUUAUUUGAGCCGCCUCCUCCCGGAUAUGAAAACGUCUCAGACGUCGUGCCACCCUUUAGCGCCUUUUCUCCACAAGGAAUGCCGGAGGGUGACCUAGUGUAUGUUAACUAUGCACGAACUGAAGACUUCUUUAAACUAGAGCGGGACAUGAAAAUCAAUUGCUCUGGGAAGAUUCUGAUUGCCAGAUAUGGGAAAAUUUUCAGAGGAAAUAAGGUUAAAAAUGCCCAGCUAGCUGGGGCCAGAGGGAUCAUUUUGUACUCAGACCCUGCUGAUUACUUUGCUCCUGGGGUGGAGGCCUAUCCAGAUGGUUGGAAUCUUCCUGGAGGUGGUGUUCAGCGUGGAAAUAUCUUAAAUCUUAAUGGUGCAGGAGACCCUCUCACACCUGGCUACCCAGCAAAUGAAUAUGCUUAUAGACAUGAAAUCACGGAGGCUGUCGGUCUUCCAAACAUUCCUGUUCAUCCAAUUGGAUACUAUGAUGCACAGAAGCUCCUGGAGUAA